UCGUCCCGGCGCGAGACGCCGGAUGCAGCCGACCACUCUGCAGGACCGGGUGCCGGAAGGUCGGGGUCAGCGCUGACCCACCGGCAGUCCGGCCGCCGGGUGUGUCGUGUCGCAGAAAGGCGGCUCCGCGACAGUAUACCACCGCGGGCGGUCAGUCACUCACGCCUCUGCGUGAUUGUUCCCAUCUCUCCAUCGGUACGGCGACUAAGAAGCAGCCAUGAAUAACCCGAACAGCUUUCAAGUGGAAGUAAACUCCCUCACAAAUGUCAGCGUCUCUCCCGGGCAGGGCUACAGCCAGACGUUCACGCAAGGUGUGCAACAGUCGCCCAGCCACACGAGCUCCAUGUCGGUCAUGUCGCACGCACCGCGGCCCAUGUUCGGCCCUCCGGGUGGCUUCAUGAUGCCGCAGCCGCCCGGCAUGAUGUACGGUCCGCCGCCCAGGGCGCCGUUCGGGGCUCCUCCCCCGCCGCCUCCGCUGCCGGGACAGUUCGGGCCGCCACCCUUCGGACCCCCGCAGCAGUUCCCGCCCUUCGCAAGGCCGCCACCGGAGAGGUUCCGGCGGAGCUACCGCGACCUGCGGCCCGAACCGCGACGAGGACGGGACGACCGGGACGGCAGGCGGCCGCCCCCGCCCGGCCGCGACGGCAGUCGGGAACGACGCGGGGACGAGGACGACGACGACGACGACGCCGGUACGGCCAGUCGGCGGCGGCGGCGUGGAGGGGGACGUCGUAGCCGCCGCAGGGAAGACGAGGAAGGCGAGGACAACGAGGAGGCGGACCGCCAUGCCCCUUCGUGCCCCGUCAGCAAGGCGAGCCGCGAGCGCGCAAGGCGCGACGAGGAGGAGGACGAGGACGAGACGGACAGGCCGGGACGCAGGAGGAAGAAAUACGCGCUCGGUUCGUCCGACAGCAUGAAGCGUUACAUCACCGUCGUCCAGAGGGUCUACUCGGACAAGGGCGAAGACAAACCUUCCAAGGACAAGAUGGUGGACCAGGGAACUCUCGACAAGCUUGAGGCCGGCUUCAAGAAGCUGCAGGCUGCCAAUGACUGCAAGUCGCUACUUAAGAAGUACCUCAACAAGGAUGUCUUCGACAAGCUUAAGAACCGCAAGACCGCUAUGGGUGCCACCCUGCUGGACGUCAUCCAGUCGGGCGUGGAGAACCUGGACAGCGGCGUCGGCCUGUACGCGCCGGACGCCGAGUCGUACACCCUGUUCGCCGAAUUAUUCAACCCGGUGAUCGAGGACUACCACGGGGGCUUCAAGUCCACAGACAAGCACCCGCCCACCGACUUCGGCGACCUCAACACGCUCGUCAACCUGGACCCCGAGAACAAGUUCGUCGUCUCCACCAGGGUCCGCUGCGGUCGCUCGCUGCAGGGCUACCCCUUCAACCCGUGCCUGACCGAGGCCCAGUACAAGGAGAUGGAGGAGAAGGUCAGCUCGGCCCUGCGAGGCAUGGACGGCGAGCUCAAGGGCACCUACUACCCGCUGACCGGCAUGGACAAGAAGACGCAGCAGCAGCUCAUCGACGACCACUUCCUGUUCAAGGAGGGCGACCGCUUCCUGCAGGCGGCCAACGCCUGCCGCUACUGGCCCACCGGGCGAGGCAUCUUCCACAACGACAACAAGACCUUCCUGGUGUGGUGCAACGAGGAGGACCACCUGCGAAUCAUCUCCAUGCAGCAGGGAGGGGACCUCAAGCAGGUGUUUAGCCGCAUGGUGAACGGCGUGAAGGAGAUCGAGAAGAAGCUGCCGUUCUCGCGGGACGACCGGCUCGGAUUCCUGACCUUCUGCCCCACGAACCUGGGCACCACCAUCCGUGCCAGCGUGCACAUCAAGCUGCCCAAGCUGGCCGCCGACAAGGCCAAGCUGGACUCCAUCGCAGCCAAGUACAACCUGCAAGUGCGAGGCACGCGCGGAGAACACACGGAAAGCGAGGGCGGAGUGUACGACAUCUCCAACAAGCGCCGCAUGGGUCUGACCGAGUACCAGGCCGUCAAGGAGAUGCAGGACGGCAUUCAAGAACUUAUCAAGCUUGAGCAAGCCGCCUAGAGAGGGCGCCACAAGUCACCACCACCUCUGACCUUCCCCUCCUCUCCACUGUCCCGACGCGCGCACUGCUGCGCGCCCUGUAAGGCACGACGACGUGAUUCGUGCCGAAACACGGCUGCGGGGGCAACACGCCGCCUCGCUGCCGCCGUCGGUGCACGGCUGGAAGGGUAGCACUCGAUCAGCCUUCAUUUUUUUGUGCCUGGCGAUGAUCCCCAGGGAUGUGUGCGCCAAGUCACCGUAGGUCACGGGCCGCACCGUGUUGAUCAUAUUGAAGCUACCGGUUCUGUGUGCUCUGCUAGAGGAGUCAUUUAUUGGGCAAAAAAAUAAACUUCGGGAGCGUCCGUGCACCUAGAUUUAGGUGCGUGCUGAGCGCAAGCGUUCUCCCGCAGAUGUAUCUAACGAUGUCUAAGGGGCGCACGUGUGCAACGGUUACUGCUCUUGGGUGAAACAACUCAACAAAGUAGUCCGAAGCAUGGGUGGCAGGCAACAGCUACGCUCUUUUUUACCUAAUCUUACAAAACACCUUUUGUUACGCUUCCGAAGACUUCCUCAGUGCAUGCUAACGUCAGUGCGUUUGACUACGGUUGCUAUAAAAGCCUGGAAGUGUUAAAGGUCGGGUCACAAUUGCAUUGCAGGCAAUGUCGGCCUGAAAGUGUCCAAGUCCGUUCGUUCUUAAACACUCGUGCCACAUUUCAAGAAGCCUAUAAGACGGCAUACGACACGAGUGCCAGGACUACUUACUUAAACGCUGCGCGAUUACGUAUGUGGUUGUGACUACUGCUGUAUUACUGCCCAGUCGCAGCGAUGUGGUUUUCUAGACAUGGAUAUACCUGCGCGAAACUCGCUCCACUCAGUGGUCGUACAAGAUGUCUGCAGCCGGUUUUGCACAAAGAGCGUACACCUCAACGACGGUAGCACUUUCGCACACAUCACGUCAAAGAUGACGUCAUCUGCUUCGCUCUCACUGCUCUCACCGGCCCAUUCUGGCAGCCAGCAUUCGGGGUUAUUGCUUCUAGUUCUGAAACGUUGAUGAAACGGCAAAUACAUCGCAUCCUGAGUCAUUCGGUGACAGUUUAUUCCUAAUAAAAUGAAGGUUGACCGCGUUCCUACUCCAGCCGACAUCGACGGGUCCCCCCUAUACCUCACUGCAAUUCCACAGACGAUCCUCUUUCUCCCAGACGCCGGUUAGCGCUCACUCCGGCCUCCAUAAAAGCACCCCUGGAACAGAACAGUUCUAAAAACCGCCAAAGUUUCAGAGAGGACCACCCGCGGUUUUCAGAAGCGAGAAACACGAAAAGUACAGCAUACUGUAAACUCUCUGUCGCUUUUUCUUUUUCAUUUUUGUAUAGACUCGCAGUAUACCGCUUCGCAAUACGCUAGAACAAACAGAGAGGCUUCAACGAAAUGCUGCUUCCUAUUUUUCGAAGGAAAGAGGCGGCCAGGACCGCAGUGUGGCGCCGAGGACGUGUAAGGCUGAGAAGGAAAUCCUUCCUUGGUGCUGCUAUUUUUGCGAACGAAACGUGAUGAUGAUGAUGCGUGAGUGGUGCCCGUAGCGUCGUUUAUUUUUUCCCACUGGUUUCUUCGUAGCCCGCAGCGCAUACUGUAGCCACCUCUUGAGCAAGACUCUAGUCAACACUUUCUUUUUUUUCUUCUCGUUCGGUUACCUCUUCGUAAGGAGGACAGACAGACUCGCCAUAGCCUCGACUCUAGUCAGCACACAUAGGCAUGCUCAAAGGGAAAACACGCCAGGCACAGCAGCUUCCGAGCCGCGUUCCAGUCACUGGCGCAGCUGCGGGGGACGGCGCCGCUAUUUUUCUUGGCGGGAAGCCCAACGGAAGGUUUGUCCGACGGACGACGUCAAUAAAGCAUCGAUAAACAGGACAA